AUGACUGAGUUCUUAAUUCCCAAACGGGGCACCGUGCCCCUGCGGUCGUUAGCUGGAUUUCCCCGCAGACGUGUCUGCCGGACUCCGACCAGCAACAAGACAUUAACACAAUGCCUUCGAUCCUAUAACACGAAUACCGCCAAUUCAGCCUCGAAAGAAAGUGGCGAUCUCAACACUUCCGCGUCAUAUACUCCUCCAGCGUCAACUCCCUCCCCUAAACCCGUGUCGUCACGAUGGUCUGCGCUACGGUCUGCGAAGCCCUUCUCUGAAUUCUUGACGGACACCUUCAAUCGCCAGCAUGACUACCUGCGAAUAAGCGUCACUGAGCGAUGUAAUCUCCGAUGCGUAUACUGCAUGCCGGAGGAAGGGGUAGAGCUGUCGCCACCCGCCCGUCUCCUCACCUCGCCCGAGAUCGUCUAUCUGUCCUCGCUGUUCGUCUCGCAAGGGGUCACGAAGAUCCGCCUGACAGGCGGGGAACCGACAGUGCGGAAAGACAUAGUACCGCUGAUGCAGUCGAUUGGUGAGCUGCGGCGUCAUGGGUUGCGGGAGCUAUGCUUGACGACAAAUGGGAUUUCUCUCCACCGCAAGCUGGAACCCAUGGUCGAGGCGGGGCUGACUGGGAUAAACCUCAGUCUGGACACAUUGGACCCCUUCCAGUUCCAAAUCAUGACGCGGAGGAAGGGCCUGGACGCAGUGAUGAAAAGCAUCGAUAAAGUCCUGGAACUGAACAAGAUGGGAGCUGGUAUUAAACUGAAGAUCAACUGCGUUGUGAUGCGUGGAGUGAAUGAUCGGGAGAUCCUCCCCUUUGUUGAAAUGGGACGUGACAGCCCCAUAGAGGUACGCUUCAUCGAAUAUAUGCCCUUCGACGGCAACAAGUGGAACCAGGGGAAGAUGGUGUCCUACCAGGAAAUGCUGGCCAUCAUUCGGGAGAAAUACCCGUCGCUCGAAAAGGUUACCGACCACAAGAAUGAUACGAGCAAGACCUACCGUGUGCCUGGCUUCAAGGGCCGAGUCGGGUUUAUCACUAGCAUGACGCAUAACUUCUGCGGUACUUGCAACCGCCUCCGCAUCACUUCUGACGGAAACUUGAAAGUCUGCACAAACCCCUCCUUGAUCAUUGAAUAUAUGGCGAUUGCAUGUCAUGACUUACGACUGCCAUUUGCUAUAAUGCCCAGAACAAAUCCCUGGAAAGCUAUACCGACUCACAUUCUGAGCUCUGGUGCACCUGUGGCGUCGCAAGUGCGACUUUACCAUGAUGAGCAUCGCGGUACCUCUCAGCCACAUAAGACUGAAGGCAUGCGUAGCGUGUCUCUCCCUACAGAAUCCGACACGGACCUACCGCAUUUAACGCCGUCGCAAAACGUCCACAUGACGAAAAUCAGUCAGAAGCCGGUGACAGAACGGUCUGCAACGGCAACUUGCUACGUGCACUUCUCGAACGAUCGUCCGUGGGAGCUGCUCCGGGAAGGCCGAGGAACACGCAAAGGAGAUGUGUUCAGUGUAGCACGCAUUGCCGGUAUCAUGGCGGCCAAAAAGACCCCGGACAUCAUCCCGCUGUGUCAUCCUGGCAUUGGGAUCACUGGCGUUGAGGUGGACGUCCAAUUAGUUGACCCUGCAUCAGCGGGGAAGAUCAAUGGUGCUAUGAAAUAUGGUGCCAUGCAUGUUAUGGCAACGGUAAGCUGUCUGGGGCGCACGGGAGUGGAAAUGGAGGCGAUGACGGCGACCAUGGGGGCUGCGUUGACCGUUUACGACAUGCUGAAAGCCGUUGACAAGGGGAUGGUGGUUGGAGGAGUACAGCUGCUGGAGAAGAAGGGCGGGAAAAGCGGGCAUUGGGUGCGGGAGAAGGAGGUGAGCGAUGAUGUAUAG